GCCCGCCCCCUCCCUGCGGCUGCGGGGGAAGUGCGCGCUCCCGUCGUCUAACUCUCGCGACCUCGCGGGGCCGCGCGGGAACUGCCCGGCGAGCGCCCGCCCCCUCCCUGCGGCUGCGGCGGAAGUGCGCGCGCGCCCACCGUCUAACUCUCGCGACCUCGUGGGGCCGCGCGGGAACUGCCCGGCGAGCGCCCGCCCCCUCCCUGCGGCUGCGGGGGAAGUGCGCGCGCCCGUUGUCUAACUCUCGCGACCUCGCGGGGCCGCGCGGGAACUGCCCGGCCAGCGCCCGCCCCCUCCCUGCGGCUGCGGCGGAAGUGCGCGCGCGCCGACGCCGCUCGCUUCCGGCCUUGGUGGGGCGCUGUGGGCGGUUCCGACUUCGGACCGCCUGGAGGCCGCGGCCUUUCGUACCCCGGGAGUGACCCGUGUGCUGGCCGGCGCGGGCCGCGGGUGAGCGAGCGUGCGGCCCUGUCCCGCCCUCGGAGAGUCGUGAAACGCGGUGUGGCUUGCGCGGGGGAAGGGCGGACACAGGCCCGAGGGGCUGGAGUCCGGCGUUCCUGGCGGCAGGGUUUCCGCCGGACGUCCGGCCGUUACAGGAGAAAGGCGACUGAGCGAGGGUGUGUCGACGUUCUGUUGCUAUUUAUUUGCUCUAAAUGUCGGUUGUAUUCCCUUUGAUUGCCCUUCGUUCUAGGACUCAGUGCAGGUGUUUCCUACCAGGCCGUUGUAAAACCCUCAGACCACUUCGCAGCUUUUACUUAAUCCUUCUCUUUAGAUUAGUCUGUUCCUAAGUCUUUUGUAAUCGGAGUAUUUCCAUGAGUAUCGUAAAUUAGCCUGGAGGUGGCUUGCAAAGCACAGAAGUAAAUUAUUAGAAUUUGCAAAUUUUGCCUACGGUGUAGCUUGUGUGAAAAGUGAGGGCUUCUCCCUCAGGUCCACCCAGGGAGGACUUAACAGGGAAUCUUGCUUGCGGCACCGAUGAAGCUUCUGCACAGCUGUGAUGGCAUCUGCUUGGGCUCUCCCGGCCCACGAGGACCAGGAUGAGCUUUUGGAAGUAAAGAUCGAGGAGGAGGAGAGGGAGGAGUAUAAGGACACCACCGGACAGGAUCAGAACCUGCGAAAGAGCAACACCCACAGCAGGGAGGUCUUCCGACAGUACUUCAGGCAGUUCUGCUACCAGGAGACAUCUGGGCCCCGCGAGGCGCUGAGCCGGCUGCGGGAGCUCUGCCGUCAGUGGCUGCGGCCCGAGACGCACAGCAAGGAGCAGAUCGUGGAGCUGCUGGUGCUGGAGCAGUUCCUGGCCAUCCUGCCCGAGGAGCUGCAGGCCUGGGUGCGGGAGCGGCACCGGGAGAGCGGGGAGCAGGCGGUGACCGUGCUAGAGGAUCUGGAGAGGGAGCUGGAUGAGCCUGGAGAACAGGUCUCAGUCCACACUGAGGAACAGGACCAGCCCUCGCAGGAGAUGGCCCCUCUGAGAACAGAACAGGAGCCCAGCAUGUCCUUCCCACCCCUGAUGGCACAGCUCAAGUGUGAGUCUCCAGAACCUGAAGCCCAGCUGGAGGAGCAAGUUUCAGGUGUUGAGACUGGAAACGAGUCCAGGAAUUUAAAGCAAGAAGUUUCUGAAGAAAUGGAACCAUAUGAGAAUAUGUCUAGAUUUGAAAGUGAAGUGUCCCAGCCCGCUCGGUGCAGAAAAGCUGAUGAAUCUGAAGCAAAAACAGAAGAAUCAUCUGGACACUCCAGGAAAGGUGAACAAUCUACAGGUGAUGAAAACAGAGUCAGUCUGACUGAAGAGCAGAGGGUCUGUCUGGGAGAAAAACCUCACGAGUGCAAGGAGUGUGGGAAAGCCUUUCGUCAGCACUCGCGUCUUCUAGAACAUCAGAGGGUCCAUACUGGAGACAGGCCCUACAAAUGCGAGGAAUGUGGAAAAACUUUCCGUGGGAGAACUGUGCUUAUUCGGCACAAAAUAAUACACACCGGAGAGAAGCCAUAUAAAUGUACUGAGUGUGGCAAAGCCUUUGGCCGGUGGUCAGCUCUUAACCAACAUCAGAGGCUUCACACAGGAGAGAAGCACUCCCACUGCAAUGAGCGCAGCAAAGCCUUUAGCCAGAAAGCAGGCCUCUUUCACCACCUCAAGAUCCACACAAGAGACAAACCGUACCACUGUACUCAGUGUAACAAGAGUUUCAGUCGGCGCUCCAUACUCACUCAGCAUCAAGGAGUUCACACUGGGGCAAAGCCCUACGAGUGCAGCGAGUGUGGAAAAGCCUUUGUUUAUAACUCGUCCCUUGUUUCCCACCAGGAGAUCCACCACAAAGAAAAGUGCCAUCAGUGUAAGGAAUGUGGGAAAUCCUUCAGUCAGAGUGGCCUCGUUCAGCAUCAGAGGAUCCACAUUGGGGAGAAACCUUACAAGUGUGACAUAUGCGGAAAAGCCUUUAUUCAGAGGACGAGUCUUAUAGAACAUCAGCGAAUUCACACUGGGGAGAGACCCUGUAAAUGUGAUAAGUGCGGGAAGGCUUUCACUCAGAGAUCCGUCCUCACGGAACAUCAGAGAAUCCAUACUGGAGAGAGGCCCUACAAGUGCGAGGAGUGUGGGAAUGCCUUCCGUGGAAUCACCAGCCUCAUUCAGCAUCAGAGAAUCCACACUGGGGAGAAACCCUACCAAUGUGAUGAAUGUGGCAAAGCCUUCAGACAGAGGAAGAAGACUGGCUACAAGGAAACACUUCUGAAGAACCGUUGUGAACCCCAGGCUGGCGUGAAUCUUCUCCUGAGUGCCCUCAUUCCAGAAUGGCGGUCCUCCUGCCGAAGGGUCCCUAAUAGUGACUGACGGCAGAGGGAGAGGGCCGUGCCUGGGACCACGCUGGCAAAGAAGUCACGGACAGUCCUUCAGACUUCAAGUUGCUGCUGCCAGGAGACAGCUCCCUGGGCCUCCCAGGGCUGUCGGAAGACUCUCAGAGCUUUGCCCAUAGUUGCUGAGACCAGAAACAGACCAAGGAGCAGGUGCUGAAGCAGGUCCUGACACCUCGCUGGGAAGCUGCAGACUCGGGCAGGGAUAAUACCCAGAAUGUGGAGAAGAGGCAUCACUUAUGCUAGAGAAGUUGGAGACAGCUUGGAGGGAAGGCCAUCAGGUGGUGUUACUGAGAAUGAAAAUAAGGACUUGUCUCCAACACAAAAAAAAUUCUGAAGAUUACAAAUCAUGUGGUGGGAUCUCUGUAGAACUUCAACACCUACGCAAUAAGUGUAGGAAAAGUUUUAGUCACUGGUGACUCCUUACUCAGCAUUAGGGAGUCCAGAUGCCGAAGAGAAGAAUCUCUUUGAGAACAGGUUUAGAAAGGCUUUUGUUUAGAGUGGGUCCCUCCUUUCCCACCAGGAGAUCCACCACAUGGAAAAAUGCUCAGUGUAAAGAAUGUGGAAAAGCUUUCAGUUAUGGUGGCCUCAUUUUACAUCAGAGAAUCACAUAAACAAGAGACUGCAGAGAUGUGAUGACUAUGAGGAGGACUUCAUUCAGCACAGAAGCCUUAGAAAACCUUAUGUGGAGGAAGGAGGAAUGCCUUCACCCACAAGUCAGGAUUGACAGUGCACCAGAGAAUCUACACAGGAGAGAAAUCUUAUAAAUGAUGAAUGUGGAAAUGCUUUGCAUGGAGUCACCAGCUUUAUUCAGCAUUGAAGAAUUCAUGCUACAGGGAAAUCCAGACAGUAUGAUGAGUAUGGAAGUCUUCAGACAGUGGUUGGAUCUUGGUAAACAUCAGUGAAUCCAUAUCAGAAAAGUUCUUAAAAAUGAGAGGAUCGUGGGAAGUUGAAUGGACAGAGACCAAGUCUCCACAACAGAAUCUCCACAGUAUUGGAAAAUUAAUAUAAUUAAUGUAAAUGGGCGAGUUAUAUGGGGAAUGGGUAUUCUUAGUUGCCCAAUUUAGCGAGUAAAAACAUUCAGCGAAUGCCUCAGGUCAAGAAAAGGAAAGGCCAGCAGUUCUUUUUUGCUUUCUAGAGUCUAUAGAUGUAAGCAACCAAGACUUUUGAAAUAAGUUGCUUCCUUGCAUCCCAGGACUUGGGAUACUGUCUCCUGGAUGACUGUGCAUACAUGUUUUCCCCAGGCCUGCUCUAAUCUUACAGCUUUAAUUCAUUCAACAAGAGUAGAUUAUUAUCUACUGUUAGAUUUUAUUUUCUUUACGGGCUAAAUAGGUUUGUGUUUGUACCCCAGGACACAAAAAUCACAUUUAUAAAGUUUCAGUACAUGCAAUGAAAGUAACCACAUCAUUAAUUUGUUGGACACUUUCCUAAAUUUGAGACUGCUUCUGUGUUCUCCAGCAUAAGGUCAUGUAAAUGUCCUUCAGAGAAAUAUAUUUUCCAGCUUUGGUUUGAUUGUUUUUUUUAAGAUAGUGAAAGAUAAUUAACAUACAGCCUAUUGACAGAUAAUGAUGGAGAUAUUUUCCCUUACAGAUAACACAUAAUGUUGUGAAGGCUAAUACUUUAAGUAACUUGCUUAUUAUCCUUUUUAGUUCUAAAACAGGCAAAAAGAAUCUUUAGAAGCUCUUCAGCAAGUUGUUAAUAUAGCCCAAUCUCUAUGAGAGAUAAUGAGGCUUACGUAAUUUAUAGGAGAUCACUAAAUAUAGGAAACAUAGAUUUUAAAACUCUGCAGUGAUUAUUUCAGAACUCUGAGUGUAUUUGUUGUAUAUUCCUAAAUUUUUUUGAAUAGGUAUUACAGGGGGUGCCUGGGUGGCUCAGCCAAUUAAGCAUCCGACUCUUGAUUCCAGCUCAGAUCAUGAUCUCAGCGUGGUGAGAUGGAGUCCCAUGUCGAGCUCAGUGCUGGACAUGGAGCCAGCUUAAGAUUCUCUCUGUCCUUCUCCCUCUGCCCCUCCCCGCCGUAUGUGCUCUCUUUCUCUCUCAGAGGGAAAAAAAAAAAGUCAUUUUAGAAGAUGGACUGCAUUUGGGGUACCUGGGUAGCUCAGUCAGUUCAGCGUCUGCCGUCUGCUCAGGUCAUGAUCCCAGGGUCCUGGGAUCGAGCCCUACAUCGGGCUCCCUGCUCAUCGGGGAGUCUGCUCCCUCUCCCUCUGCCCCCCCCCAACUCGUGCUCUCUCACGCACUCUCUCAAAUAAAAUCUUAAAAAAAAAAGAAGAAUGACUGCAUUCUGUAAAAGGCCUUUAUAGCAUCUACAGAAAUCAUGGGGGUUUUUUUUCUUAAUUUUAUUAUUAUCUUGUAUUAUGUGAAAGGAUUUUCUAAUAUUGAACCAAUCUUGCAUUCCUGCAGUAAGUCCUGCUUAGUCAUGGUGUAUUCUUUUCUUAAUAUGUUAAUGAGUUUGACUGUUCAUAUUUUAUUUAGUACAUUUUUCUUCAAUGUUUAUAUGAAAUUGGUCUGUAACUUACUUUUUUUUUUUUGUACUAUAUUUUCCAGGUUUAGGUUUCAACAUUUUAAUUGCAUCAUAAAAGUAAUUAUAUUUUUGUUCAUUUUUAAUACUGUAGAACAAUUUAUAGAGCACUGGAAUUAGCUGGUCUUUGAAGGUUGAAUUCUGAUGUAAAGCCAUCUGGACUGGGUGCUUUCCUGUGGGAUAGUUCCUUGGUAACUUUUUCUGUUUCUUCUACAAAACCGGUCUGUUUAGGCUUUCUAUUUAUAAUGAGAGUCAAUUUUAGUAAUAUAUUAUUUGCUUAGAAAAUUCUCUGUUUCCUCUAGAUUUUUAAAUUUGUUUGCCUUGAAUCUGCAAUAUAAUCAGUUACAAUUUUUAAAACAGCUUUAUGGAGGGAAAUUGAUACACAGUAAAUAUAAUGAACUAAUGAAUAUAAUGAAUAUAAAUAUAUUCACCACAGUCAAUAUAAUGAACAUAUCGAUCGCCCAAAAUGUUAACGUGUGUGCCUUGAUAAUUCCUCUCUCCCACACUUCCCUGCACCCCACCUCAUCUCCAGGCAACCUCUGCUCUGCUUUCUGUUGCUAUAGAUUUAGUUUGCAUUUUUUAGAAUUGGAUAGGAAUGGAAUACAGUAUGUACCCUUUUUUUUUGGUCCAGCUUCUUUCAUUCACCAUAAUUAUUUGGAGAUUCAUCCCCGUUGUUGCAUGUAUCAAUAAUCCAUUCUUUUUCUUAUUGAGUAUUCCAUUGUAUGGUUACACCACAGUUUGUUUGUACAUUUACCUAUUGAUAGACGUCUGGGUUAUUUUCAUUUGGGGGCUCUUAAAAAUGAAGUUGGCACAGACAUUUGUGUACAAGUCUUCGUAUAGACAUAUGCUUUCAUUUCUCUUCAGUAAAUACCUAAGAGUGGGAUGGUUAGAUCUACCUGCUAAGAAUAUUUUUUUUUAAAGAAACUCAAACUGUUUUCUAAUAUAUACAUAUAUAUAUUUUUUAAAGAUUUUAUUAAGCAGGCUCCCAAGGAGCAGGGAGCCCGACGUGGGACUCGAUCCCAGAACCCUGGGAUCACAACCUGAGCCGAAGGCAGACACUUAACCAUCUGAGCCACCCAGGUGCCCUGUUUUCUAAUAUUUGUUCCCUUUCACACCCCUACCAGCAGUGUAUGAGCUUUCCUUCACUACACAUUGUUGCCAGCACUUGGUAAAGUCAGUCUUUCAUUUUAGACAACCUAAUAGGUGUGUAUCUUAUUGUAAUUUUAAUUUGCAUUUCCUAAUGACUAAUGACAUUGAGCAUCUUUUCUUGGGAUGAUCUGUCAUUCCUAUAAAGCCUUUUGCUGAAGUAUCUGUUCAAGACUCUGCCGAUUUUUUCCUUGGGCUGUUUGUUUUCUACACUUAUAUAUUCUGGAUACCAGUCUUUUCUCAGUGCAAGUAUAUAUGAAUAUUUCUCGCAGUCUGUGGGCUUAAUAGUGUGCUUUGAAGAGCAGAAUUUUAAAUGUUCAUGAAGUACAAUUUUAUGUUGUUUUUUUUUUUUAAUGGUCAUGUCGGUGAUACGGCUGAGAAAUCUUUGCCUAACCCAAGGUCACAAAAAAUGUUUUAUAAUUGCUUUUAUUUAUUUUGUUUUUUAAAGAUUUUAUUUAUUUGACACAGAGAGAGAUAGCAAGAGCAGGAACACAAGCAGGGGGAGUGGGAGAGGGAGAAGCAGGCUUCCCACGGAGCAGGGAGCCCGAUCCGGGGCUUGAUCCCAGGACCCUGGGAUCAUGACCUGAGCCGAAGGUAGAUGCUUAACAACUGAGCCACCCAGGCGCCCCUAUAAUUGCUUUUAGAUGCUGUGUAAUAUUUAGUUUUUUUCAACUGAAUUGCCUUCAAAUGUUUGCUGAAACGUUCAUAUUCGUGUGAGUCUAUUUCUGGACUUUGUAUUCUGUUCAAAUGAUCUAUUUGUCUACCUUUACACUAGUACCUUUCUCUUUUGAUUACUAAUGUCUGUACAGUAAUUCUUGAAAUAGGGUGCAUUGGCCCUUCAACCUUUCAAAGUUGUUUCGGCUAUUGUAGGUCAUUUCCAUUUCCAUAUGAAUUUUGGAAACAGCUUACCAAUUUCUACCAAAAAGUCUGGGAUUUUACUUUGGAUUGCAUUGAAUCUAUAAAUCAAUUUGGGGAGAAUUGACAUCCUAAGAAGACUAAAUGUUCUAACACAUGAACAUGGUAUAUUUCUCCAUUUAUUUAGAUCUUUUUGAAUUUAUCUCAGCAGCAUUCAGUGUAUAGGGUACACAUAUAAUUAGGUCUUAAUUUGUAGCUUACCUGAAAAAUCUUUUAUUAGGUGUUAGGUUAAUUCACAUUUAUUGAUAUGAUUGGACAUAUUUUAUCCCAACUGUCAACUUAUUUUUUUUUUAACUUUUUAAUGUUUAUUAUGUCAUGUUUGCUGUAUUUAUUUCUUCUGUAUAUUUUGCUCUUUACUUUAGAAAUAUUCUUAGUAUUUAGAAAAAUAGGUAGUUUUAUUACAAUGGUAACAUUUGUAUUCAUAACAUUUUGAACGCCGUCACUCUUAUCUAGCUUUUUACUAUUGACUUUGUCAGUUUUUGUUUCCUUCACGUCCAGUCCAUUGCCUGUAUAACAGUCGGCUUAUUCUCCUUUCUCCCAUUUUUUUUUAAAGUUUACUUAUUUUUUACUGGUAAUCUCUGUGCCCAAUGUGGGGCUCAAACUCACUACACCAAGAUCAAGAAUCUCGCGCUCUUCUGACUGAGCCAGCCAGGCACCCCUCCUUUCUCCCAUUUUUAAGAUGUAUUAUUUCUACUUUGUCACAAUACAGUGUUUACAUAUUUACCUUCUACCCUUGAUGCCCCUUUUGUUUUAAUUUUAGAUACAUAUUAAAAUAUUCUUGAUAAUUUUGGAGUAUUCCAAGUCAUAUGGUUGAAUAAAGCUUGUUUCCAGGUGACUCCUCCAGAAAGACUCAUGGACACAGAAAUCCCUAAGUUGUUCUAGAUUUCAAACUAUUUUUCUAAUCUUGAUACUUGAAGGACAGUUGAGCUGAAUAUUAAAUUCCUGAGUCACACUUAAAAAAAUUUUUUUUUAAGUAAGCUUUAUGCUGAGUGUGAAGCCAGCCUCAGGGAUUGAACUCAUGACCCUGAGGUCAAGACCUGAACUGAGGUAGAGUCAGUCGCUUAACCACUGAGCCACUCAGGUGCCCCUCUUAUUUUCAGUGUUUUAACAAUAUGAAGUUUUCUUGGAUUAUGGGCUUUAAUAUUAAUUUUGUUUCAUUGUUUUAUUUUUCAGGGACUUCAUUGGCCCAGCUUCCAUUUCAAACACUCCUUCUCAAAUACUUUCUACUUUCUUCUUUCCUUUCACUUUCAUUCUCUUUGUUUUCCUGCCUUUCCUGCCUCAGUGCACCUUUUACAGUUUAUGGUUUAUGUUUAUAGAGUUUCCUUCCCUAGGCAUAUUUUAAUAUAGUGUUUGUUUCUGAGGUGACUCUUUCUUCCAUUUCUUUCCUGAGUUCAGUCAGCCCUCUUCAUUUCCUCCUAGUUUUUUGAUCCAUCUUUUUUUUUUAAUUUGAGGGUUGUUUUUUUUUUUUUUUAAGAUUUUAUUUAUUUGACAGAGAGAGAGUACAAGCAGGGGGAGCAGCAGAGGCAGAGGGAGAAGCAGGCUCCCCACUCAGCAGGGAGCCCGAUGUGGGACUUGAUACCAGGACCCUGAGAUCAUGACCUGAGCCGAAGGCAGACGCUCAACUGUCUGAGCCACACAGACGCCCCCUAAUUUUUGAGUUUCUGAUUCAAGGUGUUUUUCUUAUCUCCAGUUCUUGUUUGAGAUGUUCAGUUUACUUUGCAAUGCUGUUUCAUUUUUCUUUUUCUUCAAGGAUUUUUGGGGGAGUGGUCUAGGUGAUUCUUACUAGUUGAGGUGCAUUGGUUCUGAUUUUCUCUUUCCAUGUAGUACCUUUUCCUAGACUUUUCCAUGUUUUUUCCUAUUUAUAAACUUAGGGUGUGUGCUGGAUUCCUUAUUCAAUGGUCCCUUCUGUCUGUGUAACAAAAUCCAGUUUCUUUAGUGGAUUAUAUUAUGCGGACUCUGUGAUUACUGGUUUUGAGAUUCUUUAUGUGUAUAUGUCUUGCAGGAAUCUAAAACUUUUCCUCUUUCACUCUAUAUCCCUUUCACUACACGUUUCCCAAAAAGUACUUCUUUUUUUUUUUCUUUACUCCCCUCCCUGCCAAAGUAUGUCUUUUGAAGACUGCCACCGUGAAUUACAUACCCUUUUAAGUCCCUUUCUUAGUGUUCUCAUCUCCUAGUAUAUUUUUCCCAAUUUUCACACUUAGGAUAGACUCCCUCCUUCUGGUGGUGAUUUUAGAGCAAUUUUUAGGGCCACUACUAGUUCCCCUCUUCUCUCUUCUAGGACUUUCUCAGACUGUUUCCCACCACAAAGACUUGCUAUAGGGGGAUUCUGGUGUUUUCUCACUUUGUAUUCCAGGUAAUUUAAAGUUUAGGCAUUUUCUGUCUUCUGGUAUUUUGAAGGCAUAGUUUUUGUUUAGUUUUGUUUUCCUUAUUCUACAUUGUUUUUGGAGGAUGUUUGGUGACACAGAUUGAAGCAGCUGUCAUUAUACUCCAUUAGGGGGUUUUCCAAAAAAUGAAAUGGAAGCAUUUAGAACAGAAAAUACCAGAAUUCACUCAUAAUGACAGUACCGUUUCACAAUACUUUUGUUCCAGUAUUCUGUAUUUGUGUGUGUAACUGUCAUUUGUAAAGUUAUCAUUUUUAUAGGUCACAUUCAAAAUAAUUUAGAGAAUGUUGUACCAGAUAAUCUCCUAACCCCCUCCAAAUUAGACAUCAAUAUUUUGAACCCUCAGUCUUUACAUUUUAUUGUUCAGCUUCCUUCUGCCAAAUCCAUCUCAAAGAAGUACUGUUUUGUCAAUCAACUUUGAUAGGUCCAUUGUGCUGGGUCAAGCAUUUGUUAAAUGCAAAAGCCAGGUAGAAAAACAUGAUCUUCUAACCUCCAGGGCACUUACUAAUUGGGAAGAGAGAACUUAAAACCUCAAGAAUACCUAUGGAGCCACUGCCAUCAUGUACAAAUGACCAACUCCCCCUCACUCCAUACAUCCCUUCAUGAUACAGUUUUCUUCACUGGUCUGUAGGUAUGAAGGAAAUCCAUGACCUGGAGCCCUGACAUUUUAUUCAGUAGUGUCUUUCUACUGUUUUUACCCUACAAAAUAGAAUAAUGAUGUCUCAUCAUAAGAGCCUUCCCUUGUUUGGAGGAAAGGACAGUAAUGCUUGGGCAAUGCUGUCAGCCAUAACAGAAGAGGUAGAGUGGUGAUACAUCAUUAGACUUCAUGCUAAAAAUGAGGUAACUUAGAUUUCUUUUUUAAAAAGUCCUUUUAAAUUCUUUUUUAAAAAUUAAGAUUUUAUUUGAGAGAGAGCGUGCAUACGCACAAGCAGGGGAGAGUUCAGAAGGAGAGGGAGAAGCAGAUGCCCCGCUGAGCAGGGAGCCCAGUGCAGGGCUUGAUCCCAAGACCCUGAGAUCAUGACCUGAGCCCAAGGCAGAUGCUUAAAUGACUGAACCACCCAGGCACCCCAAAGUCUUUUUAAUUCUUUU